AGUUUAUUUCAUAAGUGUAAAUGUAACUGUUAACUCAUAAAUUUAAGGUCAGCUAAUUCUUAUUUCUGUCUUUCUCUUUCUAAUGAGAUGUCAACAUUGGGAAUUACUCACAGAAUGUACUAACUCAGCCAAUUGACACCAGCAUUUCUUUCUUCAGUCAAUUUGAACCCCUUUGCAAAUUUCAUCAGACAGAAGCAUUUAAUAAUGAAAUGGUAACAUUUCAAAAUCUGACAGAAGGCUUAUCUUAUACAGAGGAGCCAGAAUUGCAACAUCAUGUAUAUAAUUAUGCAAAAGACACCAAUCUACAGGAAGAUUCAUUUAAGGAAGAAAAUCCAAUGGGAACUGGCACUUCCACAAAUAAAGAUCAACUUGGAGAGACGCUGGAAUUGAUGGAAAUGUCACUGGCUAAUAGUACUGCCGCAGAAUCUGCCCUCAACCCUAGUCAACCUCAAGGCUUCUUGUGUGAGGAAAAUGUAGACAGUGAUGUUGAACAACCACUUUAUGAAGAGAAUCACUUUACCUUGCUUGAUCUGAGAGCUAAUUAUAAAACAGAGGAGAUUGCAGGUUCUUCCAAAGGAAUACAGAAUUCUGUGCAUAUUCCUGAGAGAUCAAUGAGGCACCAAAAGGAAGUCGCAGCAGAGGGCAGGGAGAGUCCAGAGAUUGUCUCAACUUGGUCUCCUACAGGCAUUUCCUGGAGUGGUGAAGCAUCUCAGGAGGACUGCAGGACACCCGACACAGAGCAAAGCUUGGAAAGCUCACAACCUCUGGAAGAGGACAUGGCUUUAAAUGAAGUCCUACGGAAAUUGAAACAUACUAACAAAGAACAGCAAACUCUGAUCCAAGACCUACAGCAUAGUAACAUGUAUUUAGAGAAGAAGGUUGAAGAACUACAAAUGAAGGCAACUAAACAGCACGUGUUCGUGGACAUCAUCAAUAAGCUAAAGGAGAAUGUCGAAGAACUAAUUGAAGACAAAUACAGAGUAAUGCUAGAGAAGAAUGAUAUAGAGAAGACAUUGCAGGAUUUGCAUGAGAUUUUAGUUAACACCCAAAAACAUCUUCAGGAAUCCAGGAAUGAAAAGGAAACUUUACAGCUAGAGCUUAAGAAGAUUAAGAGCAAUUAUGUUAGUCUGCAGGAAAGGUACAUGACUGAAAUGCAGCAGAAAAAUAAAGCUGCAAGUCAGUGCGCGGAGAUGGACAGAGCCUUAAGCAAGAAAGAAGAAGAGGUAGAGAGGCUGCAGCAACUCAAAGGAGAACUGGAAAAGACCACCACUUCCGCUCUGGACUUGUUGAAAAGGGAAAAAGAGACCCGAGAACACGAGUUCCUGUCUUUACAGGAGGAAUUUCAGAAACGGGAAAAGGAAAACCUGGAUGAAAGACAGAAACUUAAGUCUAGACUUGAGAAACUGGUCGCUCAAGUUCAAAAUUUGCAAUUCGUAUCUGACAAUGAAAAGGCUAAGAAUGCAACACUCCAGCAGCAGAUCAAGGAAGUGAAAAGUGAAAACGCAAAACUUCAGCAGCAGGUUGCCAGGAGUGAGGAGCAAGAUUAUGUCCCUCAAUGUGAGACAGCUCAACUCAAGGAGCACUUAGAGGAAGUAAUAGAGUCAGAUAUGGCAAAGGAUGCAAAGGUGAUACAUUCUAAUUUGUUCCUGAAUCAGUCACCUUGUGAAGGAGAGAGCCCAAAUCCCCCAGACAUGAAGAGAACUUCGCAGCUGACCUCCAAAAUUCGCAAUCUUCUGGCUCUGAUGGUAGGACUUCUCAAGUGCCAGGUCAUCACCAAUCCCGAUGCCGAACAUUUCGAAGAGAAUGAGAAAGUUAGUGAUAUCCUGCUACACAAAUUGAAGAGUUUUCAUCUUAAAAAGAAAAAGUUAAAUACAGAGCUACUGAAACACAAAGACAGAAUCACAGCUUUCAGAGAGUUAAUUGCUAAUGAAAAAUCAUUUCAAGAUCAGGUUACUGAGGUUACAGGCUUGGAUUCAAGUGAAGCCAAGAAUGUUGGAGACAUACCUGUCUUACUGGGAGCCAAACUGGAUCAGUACCACGAUCUAAACGAAGAGCUUGAUUUCUUGAUUGCAAAAUUGGGAAAUCUUCUAGAGUCAAAAGAAGACCACUGCAGCAGACUCAUUGAAGAAAAUGACAAGUAUCAAAGACAUUUAGGCAACUUAAUAAAUAAGGUUACAUCAUAUGAAGAAAUUAUCGAAUGUGCUGACCAAAGGCUCAUGAUAUCCAACUCCCAGAUUGCACAUUUAGAAGAGAGAAAUAAACAUUUGGAAGAUUUAAUUAGAAGGCCCAGAGAGAGAGCCAGAAAACCAAGACCAAGAAGUCAUCCGAAGCCCAUGACCGUGGUAGGUCACGUUGAUGACCUUUAUAAAGAAUGCUCUAUUUCCAUGUGAUUUGACAGUUACACAGGAUUAAAUACGAGUUCCUAAAGCUGCAUUUCAGUAACGUUCAGCUUAGCUUUCCCCUCUGCCCUCAGACGAGGGCCUCUUUGGCUUCUGAUUGCAGCUGGUCCUGUACUUGGAAGCCCCUCCCCCACAAGUGUAUUGGUCCCCUUCAUUUCAGCUUCCUGUCAAGCCCUCCUCGUCUUCACCUGGCCUGUCACAGUCAUCUUCUUCCUCGGGUUCCCGCCUCCAGUUUUGCUCCACCCUCCACAAAUUAGACAGAGUGAUGGUCCAGACACAAAACCCGAUUAUGCCACUCCCCUCAAGAGACCCUUCGAUGCGUCCCAGUUGCAUUCAGGCUCAAAUCCAGCUCCUUAGCAUGGCAUAAAGGUCCUCUGCGACCUGCCUAGCGCUUGCCUUCCGACCCAGUGUUCUUGUUCACUGCUUCCUCCUUCUCGUCAUGCACACCAACCAUAUCUAACCACUGCAGUAUUUUACACAUGCUGUAUUACCUUUGUGCCUUCCUGUUACUGCCCAGGCAGCUCCCCUACCUGGAAUGCUCUCUCCCGACUCCUUUUCUCCCCGUGACUUCGGUUCCCACCUCACAGACACCUGCCAGCUCAAGCUCCAUCUCCUCUGUGCGGCCUUUCCCGCCCUGUCUCCCAAGCGGAGCUGACUACUUCCUCCCGUGGGCCCACACUGAGUCCUCAGAUAAGAGAGCACCCGUAAUACUUCAUUACAGUCCUCUGCUUGCAUGUCCCCUGAUGUGACUAGAGCUCUAAGAAUUCUCAUAUUCACUUUGGUAUUCCCCAAGCACCUAGCCCAUAAUAGGUGCUAAAUAGUCAAAUAUUAGACAGACUCGGGACCCAGGCCCAACGAUCUACUUGCUGGAGUAACCCCUAGUAGAAGAUACACCUGGAGCCACCCUGUCUCACCCCAGGCUGUGGGUGUGGGUACAUGAAUACCGUGGCCUGUUUGUGACAAGCUUUGCAGAAGAGGGGUACAGUCAACGGGCAUGUCUCUCUCUGCCCCAUUGAGAUCCAGUUGUUGUAAUAGUUGAUUUGCGAGGACACCUUAACACUGUGAAUUCUUAGUUACACUGUGCGGGUGUGUCUCUCAUGAAUUGUUAAGAUUCUUGCUUCUGUUCCUUUUUCUUCAUUCUGCCAGCUGGCAACCAAACCAAGGAAGAUGCAACUCAACCAACCUCAUUCCUUGUCGUAUUCCUUAAGGGGAGAA